AUGCUGGACGCGCUCUGCGGCGCCGCCGCGCCCCGGGACCCGCAGGCGGGGGCCCUGGCGGGCCCGGCCUCGCUGCCGAGCGCCGGCGCUGCGGACGCUGCCGCGCCCGACGAGGCCCAGCUGCCGGGCAUGGGCGUGAUCUCCGAAGUCCCCGUGCCCGGGCACUCUGCGGAGGCUCUGCCGUCGGCGGCGCAGGCCGGCGAGCCUGCCGCUGGCCACGGCGCCGCGGGCGACUCUGCCGUGCAGGCCUGGUGCCGCCGGCACGGCCUCCCGGAGGAGCUCGCGCGGCGGCUGCAGGACGAGGAGGUGGACGAGCCGAGGCAGCUCACCGACCUGUCCGCAGCCGACCUCGACGGCCUCUGCGCGGGGCUGAAGCUGGGGUACAAGGCGAGGCUCAUAGGAGUCUGUGGUGCCCUGCUUCUCGGCGCGCUCGCUGCGAUGGCUGUCGCCUACAGCGGGUGGGCGGCCGCGGUGCGCCCCGGGCCGCUGGAGGCGUGCAGCCUCCAGGAGGCCCCCAGAGCCGACACGAGCUACGCCCUCGGCGGGUGCGGGUGCGCCGCGCCCUCCUCCUCGGAGCCCCCGCGGCCGAGCGGCGACGAGGAGGGCGAGGCCGCUGGGCAGGUCUUCCUCGUCCUCCUGCUCGUGCUCGCCGGGCUCGUCGUCGUGGUGUUUCUGUACAGGUCCUUCCGACGUGCCGCAAUCAUGCGUGACAUCUACCGCGAUGACACGGCGGAGUUCCACGUAUUCACCGACGACGAGUGUGUCGGAUAGGAGAGCUGCUCUGCCCCAGCGCCGCCGGCAGCUUUGGGCAGCGAGGGGUGCCCGGCGCAGGCCGCGUGGCCUGGAGACCGGAGACGCGAGAGGAGGACGCUGCGACGGGGCGAGAGAGGACCAAGAAGUUGAGGCGUUACAGUGCGGGCUACGGGCUCCGCUUCUCUGGCCCGCGGCAGAAGGCAUUUUAAGCCUGGCUGCUCCGCUGGCGCUGCCGGCAGCUAGGGCAGAGCCGCGCUGUAAAAAGAAUUCGGUGGCACAGAGAGCAGCCCCAGCCCCCCACGGGCUCCUUCUUCUCAGAGUUCACACCGCAUCCGCUCACACGAACCGUGCGCACGUCUUCUGUGAGGGCCGUCGAUGCUAGCUUUAAGUCGGGCAUGUCCCUCUAGAGAAGUAUUCAAAAAUAGUACAACAUUGUCCAGACCAAGGACCCAACCAUAAGCAGUUGGCGAUACCGCGCUCUGGG